AUGCAAGUGGGCGUCACUGAAAAAGUUCACGACAAUGCUGAUGCAAGAUAUCGUUACAGAUUUGUCUCUGCUGAUUCUUUGUACGACGCUAACGAUCCGAUUUUGGAACUCGAUGUGGACUCUUUCAAUGGAGCAGUCUAUAAUUCGGAUAAAGCCCAUUUCGUCGAAUUUUAUUCCAGUUGGUGUGGUGCUUGUAUUGCGUAUGCCCCAACAUUUAAGCAGUUUGCCAGACACUUAGCAUCGUGGAAGCCAUUUGUGCAAGUAACAGCUGUUAAUUGUGCAGAUGAAAAAAAUAUGCCAUUAUGUCGAGAGCACUCUGUAAAUAGUUUUCCAACUAUCAAGUACUUCAAGCACCGCGCGUCAGAUAAAAAUGAUGGUCAAUUGUACAAGGGAAAUAAGUUCGAAGUCGAGCAAAUGGAACGCGAUGUUGCCGCAUUUGUGCGCGCUGAUUAUGAACAACAGAAACAUCGGUUGUCGGGCAUAUUCGAACCUAUUGGGGAUUCGAAAACAUUAGACGACAUAUGGACGUCUUCUGGUUCUGUUAACUUCAUCGGAGUAGCCGUUCAAGAGAAUCCUGCUUCUUGGGCGUGGGCGCUUCAAAUUAAUUUCUAUAAUGAUCGUAACAUCCAUAUCGUGCUUGCUCGUCCACAACAUCCAGAGGUUGUAAAGCAACUUAGUGCCGAUGCAAACAAUCGUUUCCUGUUGUACCGACGCGGCGAGUUCUCUCCAGUUUGGACCAGUCCUGACUCCGCAAAGUGGACCGACAUCCAAGAAAAAAUUAAUCAGUUAGUUUCGGAAACACAAGGUGUUGUUGCUGCUCCGAAGGGCAGUGAUGCUGCAGCAAAGCCCGUAGCAGUAGAACCACAAGCCCCAGCUCCUGUUGCGAACAUUGAUAUGAGACAAUACCAAGUCCAGCUUGUUGACCUUAGAAGCACAAUUAGCUACAUGCUCUUCCAGGAAAUCCCACGGCGUCAAGUGAUCGGUGGCGAUGACUUAGUGGCUUUGAAGCAGUGGGUGCGUGCUAUGAGUAAGUAUGCACCUGGUACUACGCCCAUGCGCCGCCUUUUGCAUCGCAUGAACGAGUGGCUUCAAUCUCAAGGUUCAAGCAUAACUUACGAGGAUUGGUCCAACAAGCUGGAGGAGAUUCACGUUGCUCUUGGCAAUCCCCUUCCUAAGAAGAUUGAGUGGCUAGCGUGCGCUGGCUCGAAACCAAAUUUGCGAGGGUACACUUGUGGCGUGUGGACUUUGGCGCAUGCUAUGGCUGCAGAAGCAUACAAAACGGAAGAACAUAAUACCACCUUCAAACCGCUUGAUGAAGUUUUGGAGCCGUUUCACCAGUUUAUCGUUCGUUUCCUAAGUUGCGAAUGGUGUGCAAAAAACUUCAGAAAAGAGGUUGUCACGCACAAAUUGGACCAAGUUUCCACGAGACCCGAGAUGGUUAUGUGGCUGUGGAGAGUACAUAACUUUGUGAAUGCUCGUUUGUCUGGUUACCACAGCGAUGACCCCAAGUUCCCCAAACGUCAAUUCCCACCUUCAGUUCUCUGUGGGCAAUGUUACGACACAAACGGUGCUUUUGAUGAAACAGCGAUAUUAAACUUCCUGAUUACAUAUUAUACCGAUGUUCGACAAGACAGUGUUCAGGCUCCUCCCGAAUACAAGGUGAACGAAUAUAAGGAUGGGAAACUCCAGGCCGUUGGAGCACGUCAUCUGAAUCCGAAGUUUGCAGUACACGCGGAAAAGGUGGCCAAGCUGGAGGAGGCAGAGGAACGUCUCAAAAAGGAACUUGAUGCUAGCCCUCAAAGGCAGUGGAAAGAUAUCGAAGGAUAUGAAAAUCUGAGCUCGUACACCUCAGGUCGAUCGCACUUCUACUUUGUUUGGCUGGUGGUUAUCGGAAUUGUAAUCAUCAUCGCCUACUGUAAAUAUCGAAGGAAUCGAUCGAAGUUUUGGAAGACGUUCUACUAUCACAACGACUUCAAACUAUGUCCAUGGUCUUCCGACUCGGCCGGUAGAAAAUACGCCGUUUAG